AGUUGUAAUAAAUUUUCUAAAAUGGCAACCACUCUUUUUCUUUAAGAACCAGUCUUUCUUCCCUUCUCUUCCUUUAUAAACCCAUUUUUGUUCUCAUUCAUUUUCUCUUCAAAGAUUCUAUAACUAAUAGACCAUAUUAAAUAUGGAUCAAGCAGAGCUUUCCCGGAUAUUCCAAAUGUUUGACAGGAACGGUGACGGCAAAAUCACCAAGCAAGAGCUGAAUGAUUCAUUAGAGAACGUAGGAAUCUACAUGCCCGAAAAAGACUUGGUGCAGAUGAUCGAGAAGAUUGAUCUCAACGGUGAUGGAUACGUCGACAUCGAAGAGUUUGGAGGGUUGUACGAGACGAUCAUGGAGGAGAGAGACGAGGAGGAAGACAUGAGAGAGGCUUUCAAUGUGUUUGAUCAGAACCGAGACGGGUUCAUCACGGUCGAAGAGCUGAAAUCUGUGCUAGCUUCCUUGGGGCUCAAGCAGGGAAGAACACUGGAGGAUUGUAAAAAGAUGAUAGGGAAAGUGGAUGUUGAUGGAGAUGGGAUGGUUAAUUAUAAGGAGUUUAAGCAAAUGAUGAAAGGUGGUGGAUUUGCUGCCUUAGAAUCAAACUUGUAAACAAAGAAAAGAAAAACCCAUUUUAGGGUUAGGAUUUGUGACCCGAUAUCAUUGUUUUUUCUUCAGAAUGAUUAGGGCUUAACCUUGAAAGUGAAUAACAAAUGGAUUUGCAAAGAGAAAAAAAUUCAACAAAACGUUGUUAGCUUCGUUUUGAACUCUCCUCUACAAAAUAUUUGGGGAUGAUCUUUGCUGUGAACCCUUAUAUAAUCAUGCCAUACAAUUUGAACCCUUAUUAUUUUUGUUCAAUACAAUUGUGGUUAAGUGUUUUAGUCGAGGUCAUUGUGCUGUGGAGUGUGGAGCAAGCAUUUCACAUUCUUCAGAUUUCGUUUUUUUGUUGUGGUCUUCUUCCUCGCCACUUCCCUUUCUUUC